CUCCCCAACCGUGGAUUUCCUAUUACUCUCGUUACGACUCACUGAGCCCCAGGCCCAAGGAUAAUGAUGUGUUGUUUCUUGGUAGCAUAAUUUGUCACACGUAUAUUUCUUCUUCUUCUUCUCUUGCAGAAAGCACAGCUCCCUCUCACACACUCACACACUUCUUGUUAAUUCAGAAGAACAAAUGAUCAACGUCAACAAAUAACCUGAAAUAGUGACUUCAUGAGUUGGAAUCAAUGGUUAUUUUGAGACGCCAUAGACUUUAAAGGAAAAAGGACAUUUCUUAAAAGGAGAACAAAGGAAAAUUCAAGUGAGAUUAUUGGGAACCUGAAGCUUACUUUCUUUUUCUUGGUCAAGAGCUGAAGUCAGGUGGCGUUCACAUUCAGGAAGUCAUGUCCAGAUCGGGUGAUAGAACAUCCACCUUUGACCCAACACACAGUGACACCCUGCUGCAUGGGCUCAAUCUCUUGUGGAGAAAGCAGCUUUUCUGUGAUGUGACUCUCACUGCCCAGGGACAGCAGUUCCACUGCCACAAAGCUGUGUUGGCAUCUUGCUCCCAGUAUUUCAGAUCACUCUUCUCCUCCCAUAAUGUAAUCAACAAUGAGGGAAGCAAAGGGGACCAGGGCAGCAGUGGGACCCCUUCAUCCUCUCCUGAUGACAAGCUGGUGACCACCAGUGCCAGGCCCAUAAAUAACCUAGUACUCCAGGGCUGCUCCUCCAUUGGACUACGAUUAGUGCUGGAGUACCUGUAUACUGCCAAUGUUACUCUUUCCCUGGACACAGUGGAAGAAGUGCUGUCAGUCAGCAAGAUCCUCAACAUCCCCCAAAUUACCAAGCUUAGUGUGCAGUUCCUUAAUGACCAGAUCUCUGUGCAGAACUACAAGCAGAUCUGCAAGAUUGCUGCACUCCAUGGACUGGAUGAGACCAAGAAGCUGGCCAACAAGUACCUGGUGGAGGAUGUGCUGCUGUUGAACUUUGAGGAGAUGUGUGCCAUGCUAGAUGCUCUGCCACCCCCUGUGGAGUCAGAGCUGGCCCUCUUCCAGAUGUCAGUCCUCUGGCUGGAGCAUGACCGGGAGACUCGCAUGCACUAUGCACCGGACCUUAUGAAGAGGCUACGCUUUGCCCUAAUACCUGCCCCAGAGUUGGUGGAGAGAGUUCAGUCUGUUGACUUCAUGAGGAGUGAUCCUGUGUGCCAGAAACUACUCCUGGAUGCCAUGAACUACCACCUGAUGCCCUUCAGGCAGCACUGUAGGCAGACCACGGCCAGCAGAAUCCGUUCCAAUAAGAGGAUGCUGUUACUGGUGGGUGGUUUGCCUCCUGGACCUGAUCGUCUCCCCAGUAAUUUGGUCCAGUACUAUGACGACGAGAAAAAGACAUGGAAGAUCCUCACAAUAAUGCCUUACAACAGCGCACAUCACUGCGUGGUGGAGGUGGAGAACUUCCUGCUGCUUCUAGGUGGAGAGGACCAGUGGAACCCCAACGGAAAGCACAGCACUAAUUUUGUCAGCCGCUACGAUCCCAGAUUCAACAGUUGGAUACAGUUGCCUCCGAUGCAGGAGAGGAGAGCCAGCUUCUUUGCCUGCCGCCUGGAUAAGCACCUGUAUGUGAUUGGUGGCAGGAACGAGACGGGCUACCUCUCCAGUGUGGAGUCCUACAACCUUGAGACAAAUGAGUGGAACUACGUGUCGUCUCUGCCACAGCCUCUGGCUGCCCAUGCAGGAGCGGUGCACAAUGGCAAGAUCUACAUAUCAGGAGGCGUGCACAAUGGCGAGUAUGUGUCCUGGCUUUACUGCUAUGACCCUGUAAUGGAUGUGUGGGCAAGGAAACAAGAUAUGAACACAAAGCGUGCCAUUCAUGCUCUGGCUGGGAUGAAUGACCGCCUGUACGCUAUUGGUGGAAACCAUUUGAAAGGUUUCUCCCAUCUAGAUGUGAUGUUGGUCGAGUGUUACGACCCGAAAGCUGACCAGUGGAACAUCCUGCAGACGCCCAUCCUGGAGGGUCGCAGUGGUCCAGGCUGUGCUGUUUUGGAUGACAGCAUCUAUCUUGUGGGAGGCUACAGCUGGAGCAUGGGGGCCUAUAAGUCUUCAACCAUCUGCUACAGUCCAGAGAAAGGAACAUGGACAGAGUUGGAGGGAGAGGUGGCAGAGCCUCUAGCAGGCCCAGCCUGUUCCACCGUCAUACUGCCCGCCUGCCUCCCUUUUAACAAAUGACAACUAAUCCAGCCAACGGGCACCGAGGGUGAUGAGCAGCAGAGUGAUUGGGGGGACAACCAUCAAUAAGCAAAACAGUUGUCAACAAUUUCAUGACAGAUUUUCCAGCCAUAUGCUGGGGGUGUGUAUAAAUUAUUUUUUUACAGGUUUGACCAGAGCACUUUCGUUAUUCUCUCUACUGAAGGAUUGAGGAAAAAAAAAGAGAUAAUUGUGUAAGUCAUGUAUUUAAAUUCAUCUGUGUUCUGAGAAAUGGUCGGUUCCAUAUUCAAUUUUUAUUUAAGCGGAUAGUAAGUGUUUUUGGCUUCUCUUCUAUAGCACGCAUAGUGUUGAGCUGAAUUAUAGCUUUCAAAUCCAUUGUAUCUUGUAUUCAGUAGCGGCAUAACUCCAGCUAAAUGCAGUGUUGUCUCACCAAAUUACAUCAGGACAUUAAGUUACAUUAGAAGUGGGAGAAUAAACUGUGAUGAUCAAAAUGUAUAAAUAUCCUUCAUCCCUUAUGCUACAAGUCAGUUUUGUGGCUGGGGAUGCUCACUUAUUACCUGGUUAGAUAAUUAUACAACAGUUUUGUUGUCUGUCUCUGAAAAUGAACAUAUUUGCGCAACCAAAAGGGGACAUUUUCAGAAAACCCCUAACAGCUGUCACUAUUUAACUGGCACAGUUUGAGCAGAAAUGCUCAUUAGACCUGGAAGGAGAUCUGAAAGUAGGGUCCAAGCAACCAGGAGGACACUUCAAGGCCCAGUAUAAGAUAAAUAAGGAUUUUUUUUGAACUGUAAAUCACACAAAAGUGAAGGAUUAAAAAUAUGAAGCUGGAAUUGAGCAUAGCAGAUCCCCUUUAAUGAUUUACACCCAGAUCGAAGUUGCAUUGCUGUACAACUUGUUGAACAGAGCAAAAAUCUUGUCAUGCUGCAGCAAGACAAUUUAAGGAUCACUAUUGAUUCCUAAUAUUCACCUGACGCACUAAGAUUAAUUAUAUAAUGAUGGUACAAUCAAAUUUAACUGCUAGCCAAUGUGUUUCUGGGUAGCAUGUUUGGGUAAACUGAUGUAGAGGACGUUUGUGUAGUUUGUUCUCCUGUACAGGUUAAUGUUAAUGGGCCUGUUUGUGAGGCCACAUAGCAUUAACCUUGAUGAGAUCUUAAUCUUUAAUGUAUAAAAAAAUGAAACUAAACAAGCAUACGGUGGGCUUUAAUGCACUAAUAGUGAACUUUAGUUUCAGCAAACAAAGUUCACUAAAAUGUAAAAUGUAAAUUACUGAAUGUGCUGUGUUUAAAAAAGUAUCUUCAGUACAAAUGAAGUCCAGUCUU